GCACUCCUGCAGCAGUCAGUCUGCUUGUUGGUGUGAGUGUGAGUGUGUGUGACAUUUGGAAGCAUGAGGACCUUCGUGUUGUUGAUGUGCCUUGCAGUGGGCUGCCUGGCUCAGGCACCUCAUCCGUGCAGGUCUCCCCCUCUUCUGACCGGAGCCAUGUCUGUGGCAAAUGAGAAGUUUAAUGCAUAUGCAAAAUACGACUAUGACGCAUUAGGCGAGCGUAUCCGCUUCAAGGAGAUGGGAUCUUAUGAGAACAAGACAUUCGGCCUGGACGCCCUUCUGCUCUUCAGAGAGGGUGUCAUGUAUACGAUUAACCACAAGAACCGCACAUGUAAGAAGGAGAGGCUGAAGAAGGAGGACUUCCACCCCAUGGAGAUCCCCGCAGAUGCUGCUCUGCUGGGGCAGGUGAUCCUAGGGAGCUCCUCUGGUCCAGGACAGGGUCUGCUAGUCAACACCUGGUAUGGAGAACGUGCAACCCCAACUGGUGGUAAAGACAAGUGGAUGAGCACUUUCACUGAGUUUGGGUGCAUACCUGUCAGCACUACGUACUACACGGACAAGACCGGCUGGGUGCUUACAACCUUCUUCAACAUUGUCGUUGGGAUCGAUGACCCCCAGCAGUUCUUCCCUCCUAAGUUCUGUCAGGGCGCUAAAGUGGAUGAGACGGCAGAAGCAGCCAACUUCUACAGCAUUUUAAAAAACAUUAAAAACUAAAGGACCGGGUCCUUCAUUCUCUUUUCUUAUGAGAACUUCACACAACUAUUGCUUAUUUUUAACCUGUGAUAACAAAUGUUUUUCAUGAAUUUAUAAAUCAUUAUAAAAAGGGAUAACUCAUUAAUGUAUUAGUAUAAGAAAAAGGGUUAAACCAUGAGUUAGAAAAAAAAUUCCAGUACUGAUCAUGUAACAUAUCAGUUGCACUGAGCAUUAUAUGUAAACAUUUUACCUUCGACAAAUGUUAAUUGCUUUCCUUACUACAUAUGGGCCUUGGGAAUAUAUACUUACACUGUGAGCUGUCCUUCUGAAUAAAAUUUCUAAAAUGUCAA